CUGCUCUGCGCAUGCGCCUUAGUGUCUCCGUUUGUUAUUGUGGGCGGGUUGCGGGCUGUAAGCUGCGCGAACGGCCUGUUGGGUUUGUGUGGGCCGGAAACUGUGACAGCGGCCUGAAGUACCGCACAUAGGGAGCGAAGGGCCGAAUUGCCAGCCGGAGGGGCGCAGGGCCGGAUAUGGAGCGUUGAAGAGUUUUACAGGCAGUCUGAAGUGAUCGUUGUGAAACCGCGACAGCAUGGGGGCAAAGGAGAAAUUAGAGGCCAUGUUAAAUGUGGCCCUUCGGGUCCCAAGCAUCAUGUUGCUGGAUGUGCUAUACAGAUGGGACGUCAGCUCUUUCUUUAAGCAAAUCCAAAGAAGCAGCCUCAAUAACAACCCGCUGUUCCAAUACAAGUACCUGGCACUCAACAUGCAUUAUGUGGGCUACAUCCUGAGUGUGGUACUACUGACACUGCCCCGACAGCAUCUGGCUAAAUUGUAUCUCUACUUUGUGGCUGCUCUGUUGCUAUAUGCAGGGCAUCAGAUCUCCAGGGAUUAUGUCCGAAGUGAGCUGGAAUCUGGCUAUGAAGGACCAAUGCAUAUAGAGCCACUGUCCAUGAAUCGCUUUAUCACUGCACUAGUGGGUCAGCUGGUGGUGUGCACGCUCUGCUCAUGCGUGAUGAAGACCAAACAGAUCUGGCUGUUCUCCGCUCACAUGCUGCCUCUCCUAGCCCGCCUUUGCCUUGUCCCCAUUGAGACCAUCGUUGUCAUUAACAAGUUUGCUAUGAUUUUUACUGGUCUAGAAGUCUUGUACUUUCUGGCAUCAAAUUUGUUGGUCCCCUUUAAUCUCGCUAAGUCGGCCUACCGGGAGCUUGCGCAGGUAGUGGAAGUCUAUGGCCUGCUCGCCUUGGGGAUGUCGCUGUGGAAUCAGCUGGUAGUCCCAGUCCUGUUCAUGGUGUUCUGGUUGGUUCUGUUUGCCCUGCAGAUCUAUACCUAUUUCAGCACCCGUGACCAGCCAACCUCUCGUGAGCGCCUUCUUUUCCUGUUUCUUACAAGCAUUGCCGAGUGCUGUAGCACCCCAUACUCGCUCCUGGGGUUAGUGUUCACAGUCUCCUUUGUGGCCCUCGGUGUGCUGACCCUCUGCAAGUUUUACCUGCAAGGUUACCGAGCUUUCAUGAACGACCCGGCAAUGAACAGGGGCAUGACGGAAGGAGUGACCCUGUUGAUCCUGGCCGUGCAGACGGGGCUGAUUGAACUACAGGUGGUCCACAGGGCCUUCCUCCUCAGCAUUAUCCUCUUUAUUGUUGUGGCCUCCAUCCUGCAGUCGAUGCUUGAAAUCGCUGAUCCCAUUGUCCUUGCCCUCGGGGCUUCCCGUGACAAGAGUUUGUGGAAGCAUUUCCGUGCCGUCAGCCUGUGCCUUUUCUUGCUGGUGUUUCCUUCUUACAUGGCCUACAUGAUCUGCCAGUUCUUCCACAUGGAUUUCUGGCUCUUAAUUAUCAUCUCUAGCAGCAUCCUCACUUCCUUGCAGGUCUUGGGAACCCUCUUCAUCUACGUUUUGUUCAUGAUUGAAGAAUUUCGCAAGGAGCCAGUGGAAAACAUGGAUGAUGUUAUUUAUUAUGUCAAUGGUACCUAUCGCUUGCUGGAGUUCCUGGUGGCACUAUGUGUGGUGGCAUACGGUGUCUCAGAGACAGUCUUUGGGGAAUGGACUGUGAUGGGGUCCAUGAUCAUCUUUAUCCACUCCUACUACAAUGUUUGGCUGCGGGCUCAGCUGGGCUGGAAGAGCUUCCUGCUGCGCAGGGAUGCUGUCAACAAGAUCAAGUCCUUGCCUGUGGCCACCAAAGAGCAACUGGAGCAGCACAAUGACAUCUGCUCCAUCUGCUACCAAGACAUGAAUUCAGCCGUCAUAACACCGUGCAGCCAUUUUUUCCACCCUGGAUGCCUGAAGAAGUGGCUGUACGUGCAGGAGACUUGCCCCCUGUGUCACUGCCAAUUAAAGUCCCUGUCUCAACAAGCAACGGGCGAGUCCGGCUCCUCCACCAAUCCUGUCUCGGAACAGAGUGCCACCAACCCACCGCUGGGCCCAGUGUCCCGGGCAGAGGUAACGACAGAGCCCUUAGCUGCUGUACCAACACGCUCUGCGCUUGAACAAGAGCCAACCAUGGACAUUAAGGUCUCGGGAUCUGUAGAGAAAAGAAUAGGAGAACUGGAGGCGCACUUUUCUCAAGGGGAAGCAAACUUAAAUAGCAACGAGGUGCUCCAAAGGCUACAGGCUAAAGGGGAAGCAAACCCAGAGGACUUAAAUGUGAAGGCUUUACCCCCGGAAUGUGAGCACUGUGCAGAGAUCUGAUACUGUUUCUGUUCCUGGACUUGUCAUUUCAAAGCUAAAAAACCCUUGCCCCCCCCACACCCCCCAUCAAACCACAGACACUGAUUUAGUGUAUGCAAAGUACUCCCGCGUGGAUUUUAUUUUUCAUGUCUUGGUGCCGAUGAUGAUGAUGAUGAUGAAGGCAUAGCAAACAAUCCUUUCUCUAACAGACAGAUAAUAUAGAUUUUUGUUCAAAUGUAUUUUUCUGUGGGGAAGUUUGACCAAUCAGAAGCGAGAAGGGUCCCGAUGGGAUGAUGGGCCGCCAGAUUUUACAUAGAAAAUGAUACUUUUCCUGCCCGGAGCAGCUAAAGCAUGGACUCCCGCCAGUGUGAUGGCAAAGAAAGGAAGCUGCACGCUUGCAUGUGUUCUUGCUUGCACUCGCAGUAUAACACACUGGGGCGGGGGGGAUAUUCGGGGUGGGGAGGGACGUUGCCACUUGAUUGCAGCCUCAAGUCAUUGUCACUUUUCUUAUUUUUAUGUAGUAUUAUUGCCCUGCAGCCUGUCUCUGCCCCCUGUAUGAAGUAGAACUGGAGCCCAGGUGAGUGCCUGGUUGGUUGCCACGGCAGGAUGAGCUCCAAUGCACAGAAAAGGGAGGUGGAGCAGAAAUGAGGGCUUGCUUAAAUAAACAGUGUUAAAUGAUGGCAUUAUUUGCACUCUCUGGAUAUGAGUACAUAGGGACCCCCCAUGUAUGAUCAAUCUCCGCAAAUGCCAUUUUUAAAGCUGUUGCUCGUGCACGCACUUUCAUAUGGUAUUGCCCCCCCCCCUUCCCCCAACCCGGCUGGAAUAUAAACUACAUUUAUACGUUGAUCACGGUUUUCGGUGGGGGCGGGGGGGGGGGACCAGCAAUUUUUUUAUUGUGAAGUUUUGAUAUAAAAUGUACAAAAAUUCAUUUAUACUAGGAAACGUUGGGCCGAAAGGGGGGGGGGAGAAAGACUUAAAAUUCAGUUUUUCUGAUGUAAAAAAAUGAUUUUUUUUUUUUUAAAUUAAGUGGUACAUUUGGAUGUAGACUGACAUAGCUGAAUGUCUUAAUAAAUUAUAUUUCAACAUU